AUGAGCGAUGUCCAAGAAUCAAAUGUGAUUAGCCGUCAGCAGAUUACAUCUACUGUAAAUAACACAAGGCGCUCGUUGGAAGAGCGUCGAAAAGCGUUGUUGAAGUCCAUUUCUGACAAGAAAGAAAAACUGCGAAACGACAUUGUGCUGACCGAAAAGAAGGAGCAGGUUCGCGACGCGAUUGAUGACAUUAUAAGGUUAGGUUACAGCUUCGAAAAAUUACGUGAUGAGUCUGGUAUAAGCCCACGAUUUCUAAGAGAAGCAUUUGAAAGUACAGGACGAGUGCUCGCAGUGCCGGAUUCGGUGACGGAUGAAGUGCAGGAAAAAGAAGCAAUCGCGAGUGAAUCUGAGCAUACUGAGAACACCGAAACCCCCCAUUCGACGCCAAACCCCACAUCAUAUUCUUCCAAAGCGCCCAGCACCAAAAGACGAAAGUUGGCGGCGGAAAGGCCUGUUUGGCUUCGGGACCUCGUGAUUGACCUUACGAGUAGCGGGGACGAGUCUGACUAUGAAGUUCAAGAGAAGAAACCUCCCGUCAUUGAAGAAAGGACCCAACGAGAAAGUGACAUCAUCAACCUGGGUUCUGAGGUGAGCAGAAUUGGAAUGCGUUUAAAAAUCGAAAUCUCACGCCUGACGCAGCGAAUUCGCGCCACUCACCAGCUACCCAUGAAUGAUGAGCUUUUAGCUCCAUUGAUGGAUCGAAAAAAUUCUAUGCUUAACGAUAUCACCACCUUGUUCGACGAAAUAAUUUCGAAAAAGCAGCCCUAA